AUGGGAAAAGGUAAAUAGAAAGUGGAGUCAUCAGAAGAGGAAGGAGGAAAUGAUUAUUAGAAAGAUGAUUUUGUAGUUGAUUCAGAUGAGGAUAUUGAGGAGGAGGAAAUAUAGGAGUAAGAGUUUUAUAAAUAAUAAAUAGACGAGAUGAUUCUUAUGAUGCAGAGUUAUCAGCUGAUGAUUUAAUGUUAAUAGAUGAGAAUUAGAGAGCACCUAAAUUUGGUAGAUUGAGGAAGAUAGCAAAAGAUGAUGAUGAAGUGGAUUUAGAUGAUGAACAAGGUGGAUAAUAUUAAGAGCCAUUAUCACCAGAGGCAAUUGAUGAGAAUGAAUAGAAUGAUUUAAUUAAUAAAUUGUUUGAUCCAAGUUAAAGAGAGUUGGCAUUUUUGAAUUAGAUUGAUGAAGAUAUAUUAAAAUAAGAUGUACCUGAAUCAAUUUAAAUAACACAUAUGAAGAUGGCUAAUGGAUAAAUAUUAUAGAAUGCAAGAGAGGAAGCAUCAGAAUAAUAAUUGAAAUGGAUUGGAGAAAAAAUGUAUUCUUAGUUCGAUUUAAAAAAUUUACCAGAUGUUUUAGUUGGAAUCAAACUUAUUCUAGAGUUCUAUAGAAAAGAGAAUUUAGAUAUAAUGUAUAUCUAUACAUACAAACGUCAUUUAAUAACGCAGGCAUUCUAAUUAGAACAUUAUUGGAAAAUAAGAGAACUAGAUUAUGAGUGGGAACAUUUCAGUAAUUUUAAAAAUAGAAUUUCUAAACUAAUAGAUCAGAUACCUGGAGAUUAUUAGAUACAAAAAGAAACAGCUAUUAUAUAUUUAUAGAAAGCUAAGGAGAUUGAAGAUUUAUAGAAUUUAAAAGAUUAUAUAGAUUAUUUAAUGUUGAAGGAUAAUUGCAAGAAGAAGGUGUUUUUAGAAUAAGAAUUAAUGAGAGAGAAUUAAAAAUUGCAUUAGAGAAUGAAUUCUGAUUAAUAAAUGGAGUAAGAAUAAGAGUAAUUGACAAUGAAGAUAAAUAAUAUAUAGAAAGAAUUGUAGAAUUUAAGUUUGAAUUCAAAAAAGAAACCUCAUAAAAAGGAGAAGGCAAUUUUAGAAUAAAUUAAAUUAAGAGUUGAUGAAACAGCAUUAAAAUUCUGUUAUACAUCAGAUGAGUUCUUUAUUAAAUUAUAAGGGAAGAGCGUGUAAUUAGAUAGGAAGAUUAUAUAGGAUAAGGAAGAGUUAUGGAAUCAUUAAUAAGAGAAUUAAGAAUCAAGAUCUUAGGAUUCAUCUGAAUACAUAAAGUUAUUACAAAAGUAUUUAAUGAUGGAAUUGUAUCAUCAUCCAUUUAUUAGAGAUUUUAUUAGUCAAAUUUAUCGAGAUAAUUUAUUAAUAUCUACUGAACCUACUCAAUUAGGGAAUAGAGAAAUCACAGCUGUAAGUUAUUUCUAUCCUGUUAAAAGAAUUAAAUACAGAUAAUAUAAAUAUAUGGAAGAUUAAACUUGGAUGUAAUGUUUGAGAGCAGAAUAAUUAGGAUAUAUUAAAAUAAGUUUUACUAUUUCAAAGGAUAAAGAUCAUAAGAAAGAAAAACUACCUAGAGAUGAUAUUAUGGUAAUGUUGUAUGAUAAGUUUGUUAAAAUAGAUGAUAAAGAAUAAGAGAGUGUUAUGAGAAUUAGAGAUCUUAUUUUGAGAGGUAUAUUAUAGGAAUUAUGGUAUCCUAUUCUAGAAAAAUAAAUUAAAUAUAAAUUACAAUUUGUUUCUUCUGGACAUAUUGUUAAGAUGUGUUAAUAGAAAUUCAAAUAACUAAUUAAUAAACAACCUCAUAAUAGUGAAGUGGCUAAUAAUUAAUAAAUGUAAUAAACAACUAACCCAGAUGUUAAAAUUAUGUCACUUGUUAUUGGUUAAGAAUAAAAUGAUAUUAAAGUACUUAAAGCUUAUUCUUAAGAUUGUUCAAUUUAAAAAAAAUAUAUUGGAAUGUCAGUUAUUGAUUACAAAGGAGAAUAAUAAACUUUAUAAAUAUUUAAUUAUUUAACAUAAGAUGAAAGAAGACCAGAUAUGGUAGAAUAAAUAAGGAAAGAAUAAGCAUUACUUGAUAAUUUCUUUGAAAAAUAUAAGCCAGAUCUUGUUGUUAUAUCAGCAAAUCAUUCUGAUUGUUUAAAAUUAAGAGUAGAUUUACGUAAGAAAUAUUAAUAAACAUCAUCUGUUUGGAUAACAUUGGCGGAUUCAUAAAUCUCUAGAAUUUAUAGUAUGAGUGAGAAGAGUAAUUCUUAAUUACCAGAUAUUCCACCAAUUCUUAAAGAAGCUAUAUCUUUAGCAAGAUAUAAAUUGAAUCCAAUGGCUGAAGUACUUAAUUUAUGGAGUGAUUCAAUAGAUAAAAAUGGAUGUUUACAUUUAAAUUUGCAUCCUUUAUAAUCAAUGGUUAGUUAAUAGGUUUUAUUAGAUGCACUUAAAUAAACUGCAACGGAAAUUGUUAAUUAGGUAGGAAUAGAUUUAGUAGAUUGUACUUUGCAUAAACAUUUAGCAGAUUAGAUGUAAUUUGUGAAUGGUCUUGGAAGAAGAUAGGCAUAACAUUUACUAAGUAUGGUUAAAGGUUUAUUAAGUAAGAGUUUAUUUAAUAAUAACUAUGAGGAUGAGAGACUCAUCUAUUAAAAAUUAGAAUAAGAUUAAAAGGAAUAUAUUUAAAUAUAAAGAUAAGAUAUUCUAAAGACUUAGAUUCUUAAAAAAGUAGUAUUUAAAAAUGUUUAAGGGUUUAUUAAAAUAUAGAGAGGUAUUUAACCUUUGGAUAUAACAAGAUUAUAAAUUAAAAUGUAUUCGGAUGCUGUUCAUAUAGCUAAAUGUGCAUUAGAAGUUGGUGGAAGGGAUGAUAAAUAAAAUACUAUUGUAAGAUAAUUAAUGAGUUAACCUCAAAAAAUGGAAGAUCUUCAAUUAGAAGAUUGGGCUAAAUAAAGAGAAUAAAAAGAUGGAAGUGAAAAAUUUACUUUAGUAGCUUAAUUUAUGAAAGAGGAAUUAACAAAUCCUUUUCUAUAUAAAUUUGAUACUGCCAAUAAAGAAAUGAGUAAUUCUGAAAUAUUUUAUGCUAUAACUUAAGAAUCACCAUAUACUUUCCGUAAGAAUAGUAUAGUUUAAGGAUAAAUUACUAAAAAACUAGAAAGCAAAGAUAAGAGCAAGGAUAGUGAUAAAUUGUUAAUAAAGCUUUCAGAUAAUGGUUUAUGUGGUACUCUUAGAAAAGAAGAUAUGUUAUAAUAAGAAUUUGGAAUUGGAUAAAUUAUUAAAGCAUUUGUAAAAAGAAUACCAGCAACAGAAAAUAAUAAUAAAAAUGAUAGUAUUAAUAUACUAAUAAUUGAAUUGUCUUUAAAACCAGAUUGGUAAAGAUGGGAUUAAGAAUAUCUUAAACCACAUAAAUAUGAUCCUUGGCCUUAUUCCAAUAUUUGUUAUGAUGAUUAUUGUAAUAAAGUCAUAUAAACAUUUGAUUAAAGUAAAUUCAAAGAAUUUGAUUAGACUACCAUACCAUAAGAUUAAAUGCCUAAUAAAUAAAAAUAAUCAUAAAAAUUAAUACUUAGAAAUAUUAAUCAUCCUAAAUUUAAAUAAGUAUUACUUAAAGGUGCUCUUGAAUAUAUUGAAAGUCAACCUGUUGGAGAAUAUAUUAUUAGACCUAAUUAAAGACUUAAAGAUCAUUUAACUAUCACUUGGAAAUUCCAUGAAGGUGUUAUUGCUCAUCUUUAUGUUUAAGAAUUAAAAUCUUCCUAAAGUUAUAAACCUUAACUUUUUUUGAAUGGUAAAACUUAUGAAUCUUUUGAUGAAAUCUUUGAAAAUUAUAUUAAUCAAUGUAAUUUACAUAUGGAAGCUGUUGUUAACAAUAAAAAAUUUUAUAAUAUAAAAAUGGAUUAAUUAGAAAAGAAACUUAGAGAAGACAAAGAAAGAGAUGAAGAAAUCAUUCCAUAUGGAUUUUGUGUUACUGAUAAAGCACCCUAAUACAUUGUACUUAUGUAUAUGAAAUAAAAAAAUAAAGUUGAAAAAGAAUAUAUUAAAGUUAAACCUGAAGGUCUAAAUUUUCAUUCGGUUAUGUAAAAUAAUCUUAAAGAUUUAACCUUAUGGUUUAAGAAAAACUUUAGAACUUAAGAAUAUAAAGAUUAUGUUAAAAGAACUAAACCACCUAUUCCAGAAACUAAUGAUAGAUUAAACUAAUUAAAUUCAUAAUGGGAAGUUAAAAAAGAAAAAACUAAAGAAGAAAGAGUCAAACAUGAAGAUUCCUCAUGUAAUUUAUAUUCUUUAUUAUAAUUUCUUAGACAAUGUUACUUGUUCUAAAUGUAAUAAACGUGGACAUAAUGCAAAUGACUGUAGAUAAACUAGAGAUAAACCAAGAAAUACAGGAGGAGAUUCUAAAAGUAAAUUAUUAUCUAUUAUUUUUUAUAGUGGGUGCAUGCCAUAAUUGUGGCUAAAAUGGACAUAUUAAGAAAAAUUGUCCUAAAUCAAACAAUUCUAGAAGAGAUAGAAGUAACAGUAGGGAUCGAGAAAAGUUUUCGACUAAAAAGAAUCAACCCUAACCUAAAGUUGAGGAAGCCUAAUAAAUGGAAUGGUGAUUUUAAAAUUAUUAUCAAAAUAAAUAUUAC